CACUACAUUUUCUUUUUGCUGUCGUCCUUCUUUGACCGUAGCUCUGUACUCUACCCUUUAUUGGAAGAUUUCGUAAUCUUAGAGCAUGGAUACAAUAAUUGUUAUCCCAACAAGUUUGGGACUGGACUAUAAAAUAAUAUAUGGGCUUGCAGUUUUCUCAAGCUUGAUGGAUUGUAGGUGUUGAGUUUUCAUGCUCCAAAAUCAUUGGAGAAAAAAUCUUUGGAACUUUGCUCAGAGGCAUUGAGGCUUAUUUCAAAUGUUUACAACGUGGGAAUGAUGUCUGGUGCAAACAUUGUUGCAAGUGAUUGAAUGAUCUGUUACAAACAUCUUAGUGCUGGGUAUCCUCAACUUACAUUCUGGUAAACUUAGCAUCCGGUAGGCUAGACGCUGAGAAUUUACUAUACACACACACACUUGUAAAAAAGAUAAUUUUUGUGGGUAGCUGACCUUGAGCAUUCCAUGGAUUUGGAGGGGAGAAAUCUUUCUUCAGUGGUAGUACAAAAAUCUGGACAUUUUCUUCCAGUCUAUAGGUUUGUUCAGCAAUAUAUUUCCCAUUUAUUGCCAGCAUUAGAAAGAAUUGAAGGUGAACGUGCAAAGCAAUCUAAGUCAAGACGUGAGCAUGUCAUAAGGUAUGAAGUAGAUAUGGCGCUUGCACUGUCAGCCAAAGGGUUUACCUGGAGUAGUGCCCUUAGGUCCAAAUUAGAGAAAGAGAGAGAUCUUGCAAUUAAGAAACCGGCACAUAUCAUACAGUUUCAGAGCUCUGAGAUAGAAGGAAACAUGAGAUUCUUGCUAUUUCCACAGUUAAAAGGCAACCUGAAUAUACACUAUUCUUCCACUGCUCCAAAUAAAUACUGCAUUCACAAAAAAUUCUGUGAGUAUUACAGUGAUCCUUGCACUGUGAAAGGCAAUCUUGGGAAAGUAGUUUAUGAUAAGGUUUGCUGGAGAAAUACGAAGAAAAGUCUUUAUGAAAGGAAGACGAUUAACUCAGUCUAUGAAGCUAAAUAUAAAAGAUGGAGGCCUAAAUUAGUAGUUAAAAGGCUUAAAAUGACCAGAAAAAUCAAAGAAAAAAGGAGUGUGCAGGCUCGUAUUGAAACUCUGAGGAAGCUCACACCAGGAGGGAAUGGCAUGGAGACAGAAGUUCUGUUCAAAGAAUUGGGUAACUAUAUAACUUGUUUGCAAAUGCAAGUAAAAGUCCUCCACCACUUGACCGAGUAUUCAGCUAGAGAUGGCUCCACAAUGAAUUAAGAGUAAAGAGUUUUGAGGCUGGGAUUUCUUUGAAAUUGUUACAGUGCAGCAAGCAGUCACCUGCAAGAGAUGGGUCAGAGUUUAAAUUACUUCCAGGUACUAGAGAAAAUUACAGUUUGCAAAUAAAUCUAAUAAGUGUGUACUUCUUUAAUCCAUGCCAUCGUUAUCUCUGAAACGGUGACACGCAGAUUAGAUAUUAUUUUUAAAAUUACCAAGAAAAAGUGAUAUGAUAUCUUGAUGAAGAUCGAGAUAACGAUUAGAACAGCUGUGGAAUGAAUGUAAGAACAAAUAUUUGAAAUAGCCAUAUAUUGCCGAAUAGCUCUGAUUGAAUCCA